AUGCCCGCCAUUCUAUCCACCCUUCAAUCUACGGCCCUCCCCCUUCCUCUCCUUCUCCUCUUCACCUUCCUAGCCCUUCGCCUCCUCUGGCGCAGAUUCGGCUCAGGCCUAUCCGGCAUUCCCGGCCCAGCUCUGGCAAAAUGCACACGGCUCUGGAAGCUGCAUAGCGUCUGGAAGGGCGAUCACCAUCUGACGGAAAUAAACCUGCACAGACGCCAUGGGCCGCUCGUGCGUAUCGGGCCACGACAUGUCUCCGUUGCGGAUCCAAAGGCCAUUCCUGUGAUUUAUGGGUUGAAUAAGGGAUUUACCAAGACGGGCUUCUACCCGAUCCAAUGCAUAUCCUGGAACAAAAAGCCGCAGAUGAACCUCUUCUCAACCAGAGACGAGCAGUUCCACCGGGACCAGAAGCGGCCCGUCGCAAACGCAUACAGCAUGACGUCUCUGCUGGAGCUCGAGGGCGCCGUCGACAGCUGCACAGAGCUCUUUCUCUCUCGGCUCCGCGACUUCGCCGACAAGAAGCGCCCCGUCGAUCUGGGGACCUGGCUGCAAUACUACGCCUUCGACGUCGUCGGCGAAUUCAGCUUCGCGAAGAAACUAGGUUUCCUGCAGGAAGGCCGCGACGUCGACGACAUGAUGGCGGGCAUACAAGGGAUCCUGGCGUACGCCAGUCUCAUCGGGCAGAUUCCCGAGGCGCACAAGGUUUUACUCGGGAACCCGCUGUUCCCGAUCCUGAUGCCGAGCAUGGAGAGCUGGAACCAGGUGUUGCAGUUUACGCUGAAGCAGGUGAAUUCGCGGACGAGUUUGUCGCGGGAUGGGGAGCUUGAUAAGGGGGAUCUCGAGAAGGGGAAGGACAUGCUGAGUCGGUGGAUGGCGAUCCACGUUUCUGAUCCGGAGAAGAUGAGCACGCGCGAUGUGAUUGUGCAUCUGUCGACGAAUGUCUUUGCGGGCUCGGACACGACGGCCAUUGCGCUGCGGGCGAUUGUAUAUUUCCUGCUGAAGAACCCGGAGAAGAUGGACAAGGUCGUUGCGGAGAUUGAUGCCGCGGAUGGCGCGGGACGGCUGAGCAGCCCGAUCUCGUACAAGGAAUCGAUGGCGCAUCUGCCCUACCUCGCGGCCGUGGUCAAGGAAGCGAUGAGACUUCACCCGUCCGUGGGGUUGAUACUGGAGCGACAUGUCCCGGAGGGUGGAAUCACGAUUUGCGACAGGCAUAUCCCGGCCGGGACGACAGUUGGCAUCAACGCGUGGGCGCUGCACCAUGAUGCCGAGGUGUAUCCAGAUCCUGGGGCGUUCAUUCCAGAGCGGUGGGUGGAGAGUACGCCGGCAAAGCUGAAGGAGAUGGAGCAGAGCUUCUUUGCGUUUGGGGCGGGGUCAAGGACGUGCGUGGGGAAGAAUAUCUCGCUCAUUGAGAUGCAUAAGAUCAUCCCGCAGUUGCUGAGGGAUUUUACCUUUCGAUUGCAUAAACCAGGUCAGGAGUGGACGACGAAGAAUGCUUGGUUUGUGCAGCAGGAAGGGCUGGUUUGUGCUCUUGCGAGGAGGAGAUGA